AUGGUUUUUAUGGUCGAUAUUAAUAGCAUAACAACUGCUUCUGAUUCUAUGGAUUCUGAUGCUGUAUGCACUCCCUGGCUUGGAAAAUGUCAGAUCACUGAUGAAUGCUGUCGUAAUUUAGUAUGCAUGGUAUAUGCAGCUAAAUGUGUCCCUCAAAUGAUUGUGGGUGAUACCAGACCUAUCGGAGAUGGGCCAUUCCCUCCAACAAAUUGAUACGAAGGAGAUUCAAUUUUGAUAUUG